GUGGUCGUUGCAUGAGCUUUCCUCAGUGCUGCCAGUGCUCUGUGAGAACACUGUCAUCUCCUGCUCUCAACCUCACCACUGGCUCUCUGCAGGACUCUGGCCCAAAUCAAGCCUCUGGAGGAAUAAUGGGCGCCCACAGCUCCAACCUGGAUGAUCUCAUGGAGGAGGACAUGCACCACUGGUACACCAAAUUCAUGAGGGAGUCUCCGUCGGGGCUCAUAACGCUCUUUGAGCUCAAGACUAUGCUUGAAAUGGGCGGUAUGACAGAGGAGGCCAGCAGUUAUGUGGACCAGGUCUUCUUCACCUUUGAUAUGGAUGGGGAUGGCUAUAUAGACUUUGUGGAAUACAUCGCAGCAAUCAGUUUGCUACUGAAAGGAGAAAUUAACCAGAAACUGAAGUGGUACUUCAAGCUCUUUGAUCAAGAUGGAAAUGGGAAAAUUGACAAAGAUGAAUUGGAGACCAUAUUCAAGGCUAUUCAAGAUAUCACCAGAAGCUACGACAUCCCCCCAGAUGAGAUUGUGACUCUUAUAUAUGAGAAGAUUGAUGUCAACGGAGAAGGCGAGCUCACACUGGAGGAGUUCAUCAGUGGAGUCAGGGAUCAUCCCGACAUCAUGGAAAUGCUCACCAAGAUGAUGGAUCUUACCAACGUCCUGGAAAUUAUUCUUAAAGGCCAACAGAGGAAAGCUGUAAACUGAAUUAGCAAUGAACAAGAUGGAUUGUGUGGAGAAUUCUUUUUGGAGGGUUUUCAGCAUGCAGCAGUGUUGAGAGAAGAGUGUUUGUGCUUGACUGGUGAAGAGCCAAGUCCCAGCUCAAACUGCACAGAUUGAACUGAAUGGAUUGACUGAGCAGGCCCACGCUGACAUGAUCUCUCUCUGUGUGUGCCACCGGAGUUAUGCAGGGGAUUUGUCCUCUUCCCUCAGCUUGCGCUCGCACAUUCCUUCAGCAGUGGCCCUUCAGUUUUGAUAAGUUUUCAAACGUUUUUACUGGUGAUGUGUUUGGAGAGUCUCGGUGAAGGGAGGCCCAUCUGCUCUCAGGUUUCCAUCAUGAUUCAAGGAGACGGCGCAAAGAGAGGUAGAUAGAUCGCUUUGAUUUAUCUUGUUAAGAGCUUACUGAGCCGGAAAUAUUGUAUGGGACUUUUGGUUCACAGUACUGUCAGGCACAAGAAGACAACUGUCAAACUGAUAGUGAAUGUCUUACAAAACUUCAGUACAGAAAGCACUUCCUAUGGCAUCUAUGACAUCAUUACAGCAUUUGGGUGUUAACCUAUUAACAUGUUAACAUCUAAAACACUUAAUGAGAUUGAUUGUUCUGUGUUUUGUGUUGUUGCACAUGUAGGAUCUGCAUGAAAGCUAUGCUGAUGCUUGUAGAAAAACUGGAUGGUAGCUGAAGAUCCAUGUCGUGGGUGAAUAUAAAAAAAGUAAUUGCAUGAAUUUAGUAUAUUUUACAAUAAUUAAGUUUGCAAUGUUGCCUUAAAAUCAAUACAAUGUUUUUGUUAAACUCUUUUUGUCUUUUGUUCUCUAAAUAAUCUUGACCCUGGCAGUUUAUGGUAUAAUUUUUUUUUCACCUGAUUAAAAUGCGGGAGUAAAAGCAA